AGUUAAUUAAUAAAGCCCAUUUAAGAGCCAAUAUAAAUUGGUUUAAAUUUUCAAAGUCCAAGCCACAGAGCUUUGUAUCACAUCUCUGGAUUUGACAUACGACAACGUGAAAGUAAUCACACAGUUAAUGCAAAUAGCAUCUCGCGGGGAAUUGGGAAUUGCGGCCCCCAUGACCACAUCGGAUAUACAUUAAUUAAACUUAGUAUAUUCAUUCAGCCUGGUUUUCAAGAUAGUACCAAAAAAAAUUCUCAUGUGUGAUGUGUUUGUAAUGGUGACGCAAGCAGUGACGGUUUUGUUUGUUAAAGUUUGUUUUCGCAGACUUGGAUAUAUUUAAUACGUAUAUUAAGUAAGAUCUUUUAAACACUCUCUUUAAUUAGUAGGUUUUUUUAUACAUAAAUUCUUUCCUACAAAAAAAGUUAAAAAAAAUCUCACAUUUUGCAUGAAACUAAUAAAAUCUUAAUACAGCAGAUCACUAUAUAUGGUUAACUACCCCUGCAAGUUGCAACAUCUUUAUAUAUAGCCUAGGCUUUAAAUUGAUCCGACAUGUGAUUUUGUUUUUAAUUAUUGUAUCACACCAUUGACUUAGUAUAUUUAAUUCAUAGUGUAUUUUUGGUCUUACAAGGGAGCAGUCAGCAUUAAGUUAACUUCUUCUUCUGGACGCAUACAAGUAAACUUAUAUGACAUCGGUUUGGUUACAAAGCUUUGAACAUUAUUAUAAUUUAUUCUAUAAUAUGGACUCAUCAUGCCAUGUGUUCCUUAUUAUAGAAGACAACAUAGACGGACGAAUGAUUAUAAUCACUCACUAAUUGUAUUAUUUCGGUGCUCCAAUAUAAAUACUAAUAAUGUAACAGUGGAGUAUAAUAAAAAGCCUUAGCGGCCAAGAAAAUAUGUCUUAUCUCUCAAGGGGGUGAGAUAUGUUUUACUGCAAUAUAUAAAGUUGACUUAUUGCUUUGUUGCCAAGGAAUUAGUCAAAGGUCCUUUAGAGUGAACAUUCUCUCCAUCUCCAUUUGACACAUAAUGACACUGUUUUAAUAAUCGGACGUGAUUAUUCAAGAUGCAAUUGGCUCCUUGAUAAGAGUAUUUGAUCAUGAUUUCUUUGGUUUUUGAAGAUUAUGCGUUGGUUUGAUACAGACUAGAUGUGAUUUCACGUAGCUCUUAAAUGAUAUUAUAAUUUAAUUUGACAGCUAUUUUUCUAAAAAUAUUAACAACAAAUUUUGUUUGCUAAAUAAAACAUGUAUGUGGUUACUGUUUUUAUUUUCUCUUAACAUAAUCUCACGAGGUACGGCAUUUUUUGUGUGUGCAUAAUAUGAUAUUUUUAAGAUUAUCAUGUUUGCUGUUGGGAAAAAGAAAAACCAACCACAAAUUCUGUCUGGUAGUGGUAAGUUUUAAUCCUAUCUAACAUUUCUUAUAAUAGUCAGUCAAUGCUCGUGUCCAAAACAUUAGUUGAUCAUUUGGUUUUUACUUUUUAUACAAUAACCUAAAUUGACGUUCAAUAAAUUCUGUAUUAAAAAUCUUAUAAUUUUUCUUUUUAAAUUUACAGAAUAAUUUUAUUUCAUAUACAGUAUAUAUAUGUGUGUUCUUGAGAGGCAAAACAAUAUUUCUUGGGAGCAGGAAAAAAGAAAGAAUUUUUUUUUUGAAUAUAAACUUCAAAAUGUAUAAUGAUGAUGCUUUUUGACUGAUCCAUAUAACAAUAGUUUAUUCCCAUUUCCCCUUGCUCCUCAAGCAAUUUUCACAAAACCCAAAAAUAACGAUUGCAUAUAAAAAGGCAAAAAAUGCUCUUAAUUUUCUGCAGAUACAAGUUGGAAUCUACAAAGUAGAAUAAAAUAUACUAAACAAAGUUUAUAACAAGUUCACAGUUUCGUCUUCUCACGUCUUAUUCCCUCAAAGUUCCAAAAACCUUUCGAUUUUCGCAGCUUCGCAUCUUCAGAGCCGGAGAUGGACCGUGGCGAAGCCAGAGAAAGCGACUCUGUUUCACACGAACCUUCAACUUCUAAAACUCCCAGAGAAGGAGAAAAAGAAGAUACUAAGAAGGAAAAAAACGAUGAAAAGACGAAGACAGUUCCGUUCUACAAGCUAUUUGCAUUUGCUGAUUCCAUUGAUGUGUUCUUGAUGAUCUGUGGCUCUGUUGGAGCUAUGGGGAACGGUGUUUGUUUACCUCUCAUGACAUUGUUGUUUGGUGAUCUCAUAGAUUCAUUUGGACAAAACCAGAACAACAAAGACAUUGUCGACGUUAUCUCAAAAGUUUGUCUUAAAUUCGUCUACCUUGGACUUGGAACCCUAGGAGCAGCCUUUAUUCAGGUGGCUUCUUGGAUGAUCACGGGAGAGAGACAAGCAGCGAGGAUAAGGAGUAUGUAUCUGAAAACAAUUCUCAGACAAGACAUUGGAUUUUUCGAUGUGGAAACAAACACAGGAGAGGUUGUUGGUAGAAUGUCUGGAGAUACUGUUCUUAUACAAGACGCCAUGGGUGAGAAGGUUGGGAAGUUUAUUCAGCUGGUAUCUACAUUCGUCGGUGGAUUUGCAUUAGCUUUUGUUAAAGGAUGGCUAUUAACACUGGUUAUGUUAACUUCAAUUCCACUUCUGGCUAUGGCUGGUGCAGCCAUGGCGAUUAUAGUCACCCGAGCUUCUUCCCGGGGACAAGCCGCUUAUGCCAAAGCAGCAACUGUUGUUGAACAGACAAUCGGGUCUAUCCGCACGGUUGCUUCUUUCACGGGAGAGAAACAAGCCAUAAACAGCUACAAGAAGUUCAUAACUUCAGCAUAUGAACAAAGCAUUAAACAAGGUUUCUCUACUGGUUUGGGACUCGGAGUAAUGUUCAUGGUGUUCUUUAGCAGCUAUGCUUUGGCCAUUUGGUUUGGAGGGAAGAUGAUUGUUGAAAAAGGGUAUACCGGUGGCGCCGUGAUCAACGUGAUCAUCAUUGUGGUCGCUGGUUCAAUGUCGCUAGGACAAACAUCUCCAUGUCUAACCGCGUUUGCAGCGGGCCAAGCUGCAGCGUACAAGAUGUUCGAGACGAUUAAAAGAAAGCCUCUGAUCGAUGCUUACGACGAAAACGGAAAGGUACUCGAAGACAUCCGUGGAGACAUCGAACUCAAAGACGUGCAUUUCAGCUACCCGGCGAGACCAGACGAGGACAUUUUCGACGGCUUCUCCCUCUUCAUCCCCAGCGGCGCAACGGCAGCGUUAGUAGGAGAAAGUGGAAGCGGAAAAUCAACCGUGAUCAGCUUGAUCGAGAGGUUCUACGAUCCCAAAUCCGGAGAAGUACUAAUCGACGGCGUAAACCUCAAGGAGUUUCAGCUGAAAUGGAUCAGAAGCAAGAUCGGUUUGGUUAGCCAAGAACCGGUUCUGUUCUCGUCCAGCAUCAGGGAGAAUAUCGCCUACGGGAAAGACAACGCCACGGUCGAAGAGAUCAAAGCCGCCACGGAGCUAGCCAAUGCUGCCAAGUUUAUAGAUAAGCUGCCUCAGGGGUUGGACACGAUGGUGGGAGAGCACGGGACGCAGCUCUCGGGAGGACAGAAACAGAGGAUAGCCAUCGCGAGAGCCAUUCUCAAAGACCCGAGGAUUCUUCUCUUGGACGAAGCGACGAGCGCGCUCGACGCGGAAUCCGAGAGAGUGGUGCAAGAGGCUUUGGAUAGAGUGAUGGUUAACCGGACUACGGUUAUCGUCGCGCAUCGGUUAAGCACGGUCCGAAAUGCGGAUAUGAUUGCGGUUAUCCACCGCGGGAAAAUGGUGGAGAAAGGUUCACAUUCCGAGCUGUUGAGAGAUCCUGAAGGAGCUUAUUCGCAGCUGAUUCGUUUACAAGAGAUUAACAAAGGACACGAUGCGAAAACAUCGCCCGGAUCGUCUUUCCGGGCUUCGAAUCUUAAGAAAUCAAUGGAAGGAGGAUCGGUUAUUAGCGGCGGGACGUCCUCUGUUGGGAAUAGUAGCCGUCACCAUUCGCUGAAUGUACUCGGUUUAGCUGCGGGAUUAGACCUUGGCGGCGGUAGCGUGAGCCAGAGGGUAGGUCAAGAGGAAACUAGUCAAGAACCGGUUCCGAAAGUAUCUUUAACCAGGAUCGCGGCUUUGAAUAAAACCGAGAUCCCGGUUCUACUUCUAGGUACCGUUGCAGCAGCCAUCAACGGCGCGAUUUUCCCGCUUUUCGGGAUUUUGAUUUCUCGAGUCAUCGAAGCGUUUUUCAAACCGGCCGACCAGCUCAAGAAAGACUCGAGAUUCUGGGCGAUUAUAUUCGUAGCUCUUGGAGUGACUUCGCUGAUCGUCUCACCGGUUCAGACCUAUUUGUUCUCAGUAGCUGGAGGGAAACUGAUUCGACGGAUUCGAUCCAUGUGUUUUGAGAAAGCGGUUCACAUGGAGGUCGGGUGGUUCGACGAGCCGCAGAACUCGAGCGGUACGAUGGGUGCAAGGCUUUCGGCCGAUGCAGCUUUGAUCAGGGCUUUGGUCGGUGACGCGUUGUCUCUAGCCGUUCAAAACGCUGCUUCCGCUGCGUCGGGGUUGAUCAUAGCGUUCACCGCGAGCUGGGAGCUGGCGUUUAUAAUAUUAGUGAUGCUUCCUCUUAUUGGUAUCAAUGGUUAUAUUCAAGUCAAGUUCAUGAAAGGAUUCACCGCAGACGCUAAGACGAAGUACGAGGAUGCGAGUCAGGUGGCUAACGAUGCAGUGGGGAGUAUAAGGACAGUGGCGUCUUUCUGCGCAGAGGAGAAAGUGAUGCAGAUGUAUAAGAAGCAAUGCGAAGGUCCUAUAAAAGAUGGGAUAAAGCAAGGUUUCAUCAGUGGAUUAGGGUUUGGAGUCUCCUUCUUCAUUCUGUUUUCAGUCUACGCCACAAGCUUCUACGCGGGUGCUAGGUUGGUUGAAGCCGGCAGGACUACUUUCAAUAAUGUUUUCCAGGUGUUCUUUGCGUUAACGAUGGCAGCUAUUGGGAUCUCUCAGUCGAGUACUUUCGCUCCUGAUUCUAGUAAAGCUAAGGUUGCAGCUGCGUCCAUCUUUGGAAUCAUCGAUAGAAAGUCCAAGAUAGAUUCGAGCGAUGAGUCAGGGACGGUACUGGAGAACGUUAAGGGAGAUAUUGAGCUUCGUCACAUAAGCUUUACUUAUCCAGCAAGACCAGACAUUCAGAUCUUUCGUGAUCUUUGCUUAUCCAUUCGUGCAGGAAAGACCGUUGCUUUGGUCGGAGAGAGUGGGUCAGGGAAAUCUACGGUGAUCUCGCUGUUACAAAGAUUCUACGAUCCGGAUUCGGGUAACAUAACUCUAGACGGAGUUGAGCUCAAGAGUCUGCAGUUGAAAUGGCUGAGACAACAAAUGGGACUGGUGGGACAAGAGCCUGUCUUGUUCAACGACACCAUCCGAGCCAACAUUGCUUAUGGCAAAGGAAGCGAAGAGGCAGCUACCGAGUCUGAGAUCAUAGCAGCUGCUGAGCUCGCCAAUGCACACAAGUUCAUCUCUAGCAUACAACAGGGCUACGACACGGUGGUAGGAGAAAGAGGGAUUCAGCUAUCAGGAGGACAGAAACAGCGUGUGGCUAUCGCACGAGCCAUAGUGAAAGAGCCUAAGAUAUUGCUUUUGGACGAAGCAACGAGCGCUCUUGAUGCCGAAUCUGAGCGUGUGGUUCAAGACGCGCUAGACCGAGUGAUGGUGAACCGGACCACGGUGGUGGUGGCUCACCGGUUAUCGACUAUUAAAAACGCAGACGUGAUCGCUGUGGUGAAGAACGGUGUGAUCGCUGAGAAAGGGACUCACGAGAAGCUGAUCAAAAUCGAGGGUGGGGUUUAUGCGUCGCUUGUGCAGCUUCACAUGACUGCUUCCAACUGA